CCAAUCUAUCUAUCCCCUUCCCAAUCUUCUUCCCCAUUUUCCAUUCCAAGUUCAGGGAAAUGGCGUCUUCUCUAUCCACUUAUUACCCAGUUUCUUCACAUAUUUCCAAGCAAAAUCAUGCCUCCAAUCUCUCAUCUUCCUUCCUGUCCUCUCCUUCGUCAAUCCCCUUAUCUUCCAAUUCAAACAUAUCGCUGCAAUUCCGUUGCAAUAACAAGCAAUUAUGUCCUGCAACUCCAAGGCCUCUUACAGUCAUCGCCAUGGCUCCUCCUAAACCUGGUGGCAAAGCCAAGAAAGUAACUGGAGUAAUUAAGCUGGCGCUAGAAGCAGGGAAGGCCACACCGGCGCCACCUGUUGGUCCGGCGUUGGGUUCUAAGGGAGUUAACAUUAUGGCUUUCUGUAAGGAUUACAAUGCCAGGACUGCUGAUAAAGCUGGUUACGUUAUCCCCGUUGAAAUCACCGUCUAUGAUGAUAAAAGCUUUACAUUUGUGUUGAAGACGCCCCCUGCUUCAGUUCUGCUUCUUAAAGCUGCAGGAGUGGAUAAAGGUUCUAAGGAUCCACAAAGGGAAAAAGUGGGGAAAGUUACAGUUGAGCAGUUAAGAGGAAUAGCAACAGAAAAGUUGCCAGAUUUAAACUGCACAACCAUAGAAUCAGCAAUGAGAAUCAUAGCAGGAACUGCUGCUAAUAUGGGCAUUGAUGUUGAUCCCCCAAUUCUUCAACCAAAAGUCAAGCAAAUCCUCUAGUUAUCUUUUCUUGACACCUUAAUUCAGGUUCGAGUAAUGUACAAUUACCUUAAAUGCAAAUAUGAUUGUGAUUUCCUAUCUUAGUUCUUUUAGUUUCACGUUUUGGCAUGAAUAUAGAGAUGUUUGUUCAGUAAAUUACAUUGCCAAAAAAUUACUUGUGUGUUUAGAGGCUGUGGGUAUUGACUAUGGACCUCUUAUUGCUUAAAUAUCAUGUCAAUUUUUGAUCGUGAUUCAA